AUGGGGAGGAGAAACGGACAAAAGCGGAAACUCGAAGCCGGCACCCGGCUCUGGGUCGGGUCGUCACAGGCGCUGUCAGAGCCCGCUGUCGGCCAGGGCCACUCCGUCCGCGACAGCUUGUCGGGGCAGCUGGAGGGGGAGGAACGGGCCCAAAAAACCGCGCUGCAGCACGAGUCAGGUUCAGUACCUCGUCCGUCGCACCGCUUUUGGCGUGACCCAGUGCAGGACUCUCCAGCACUAGAGUUAAAGCUGAGUAUUUCUUCUAGUACUGAUGAUGGUGAGGAUGAUGACUCAGACUCUCACGCUGAAAUGGAAACGGAAAGAGAAGACGACAGUAGCGAUGACGAUAUUGAAAGUAGUCUGCCACAGGAUCCAGAAACAUGUCUGCAGAUGAACCAUGUGUACCAGGAAGUUAUCCAGGAAAAGAUUGAGGAAGUAGAGCUUCUCAUUGCACAAAACAGAGAACAGCAGAAAGAAAUCACAUGCGAGCUUGGUGGUGCAAAAAUAGCAAAGGCAGGAGAUGGUAGAAAUCUACCAGCAAAUAUAUUUUUGGGUCAUUUUAUGAAGCCAUACUUUAAGGAUAAAACAACAGGAAUUGGCCCUCCUGCCAAUGAAGAUGCCAAGGAAAAGGCAGCUCAGGGCAUAAAAUCCUUUGAACAACUGCUUUCAACAAAAUGGAAAAGCAGAGAGAAGACGUUAUUGCAGAAAUCAGUAGUGAGUGACCGCUUGCAGCGCCUGCUUCAGCCGAAGUUACUGAAGAUGAGUUAUUGGAAUCAGAAACUGGAAAAAGUCAAGACUGAAAUGGAGAAACAGAUCUUGGAAAAGCAAAUCAAAGAAGUGGAGCAAGAAAUAGAGGCAAUUAACCAACUCCCAGAAAGUGACUUGUUAGGCACCAGAUUCGAUGAGCAUGACUGGGAGAAAAUUUCAAACAUCCACUUUGAUGGACAACGUAGUUCAGAAGAACUGAGGAAGUUUUGGCAAAAUUGGGAGCAUCCAAGCAUCAACAAAAAGGAGUGGACUGAGGAGGAAAUAGAGAGGCUCAAGAAGAUAGCUGCUGAACAUGGUUAUCUGGACUGGCAGAGUAUAGCCCAGGAGCUGGGGACAAACAGGACACCUUUCCAGUGCUUGCAGAAAUAUCAAAUCUAUAACAAAGAUUUGAAAAGGAAAGAAUGGACCAAAGAUGAAGAUCAGAUGCUUUUAGAGCUUGUUCAAGAGAUGAGAGUAGGAAGUCAUAUCCCGUACAAGAAAAUUGCUUAUUACAUGGAAGGAAGAGAUUCUGCUCAGCUGAUCUACCGAUGGACCAAGAGCGUGGACCCCAGUUUGAAGAAAGGACCCUGGACACCAGAGGAAGAUGCUAUGCUAUUGGCUGCAGUUAAGAAGUAUGGAGAGCGUGACUGGUAUAAAAUUCGGACAGAAGUGCCAGGGAGGAGUGAUGCUCAGUGCAGAGAUCGGUACUUGAAAGCAUUGCACUGUGAUGUAAAGAAAGGCAAGUGGAGUUUAGAGGAAGAGGAGCAGCUGAUUGAACUGGUUCAAAAGCAUGGCCUGGGUCGCUGGAGUAAAGUAGCUUCCGAGUUGCCUCAUCGGACUGGCUCCCAGUGUCUGAGCAAGUGGAAACUCAUGAUUGGGUCUAAGAAAAGAUCUAGGCCAACAAAACGCCGACACGUGGAAGAGAGUUCCACCUCUUCAGAGAGCAGCAGUGAGGACAUAGAACUGGACUUACCAGACAGUUCAGAGGAGGAGGCGACAAGCAAGGAGGAGGCGACAAGCAAGGAGGAGUGUGCAUUUCCCAGCAUUGAUUUGUGGAUACCGACACGCACAACUACGCCGGAGUCAAGCAAAGGAAGAUACCAAACUCCAUCCCUUUUCUCUCCUGAGAGUGCUGAUGCAAGGACUGGUAGCAGUGAAGAUCCAAGCACAACGUGUGAUGGAGAGAAGGACAGAGUUGCCGAUAAAUCGUCAGAGUUGAACACCCUCCUGAGGGGUAUUGCACGUCCACAUUCAACGGACAUCAUUGUGAAGAAUCCACAAGAAGUAAUGAACAAGGCUUCCAGAUGUGGAAAGCAAGUGCUACGGGUUAGUCUGGAGGAUGUGAGAAGAGUACUGAGAAAUAACACGUGCUUUCAGAGGAGACUUCAAUCAAAGAUACUAAAACCUUCUGCCACUGUUGUAACAAAAAUACCUGGAGUUAGUACUUCUGCUGGCCAGAAGCUUCAGGGGCUGCAGAACAUCUCAGAGAAAACUUACCGUCAGGAGAGAGAGCGUUUGAGAAGAAUGAACCUUGACAGAAAGCUGCUGAUGGCCGUGACACCUUGGGUGGGCAAUGUACUACUGCCUUGCGCCUUGCAAACUGGGAAGAUGGCCUUUCAUCACACAGAAGCUGAUUCUAUUAAAGAGAAGAUUAAGUCAAUCAGUCUCACGAGCACUCCCCUGUUCACGCUUUUAAUUCAGCUCUUUCAGAUUGAUACCAAUGGCUGCAUGAAGAUUAUUCGUGAGAGAAGGCUAAGGCAGUCAGAGCUUCUUAGGGCUAAUGCAAGAAGGCCUCAGCAGGCUUCCCAAAAUAUGGAGACUUCUUCAGGCAAUUCAUCACAAUCUUGUACUCAGAGGAGCUCCCAAAGGGGCAUACCAAGGAGUGCUGUCAGGAGACCUGGAGCUCUUCCAGCCCAAGUGCAAAGGCAGAAGCCUAAAACUGUCUCAGAGUUACUGAGGGAGAAGCGGCUAAGAGAAUCCCGAGCUAAGAAAGCUAUGCAGAGGACAGUGUUCGUUGCCCCUCACAUGCUGGUUUCAGGGCCUCUGAUAAUCCAGCACCCCCCACAGCAAAUCAUUCCUUCUACACAAGCAGGGAGCAAACCUGCAGGAAUUGACUGCACAAACAGCCAAGUACAGAGCACACCAGCUCCGUUGCCAGCGUUUACUUCUGUUGCAGGUUCAGCUUCCACCAUGGUUGUGCCUGAAAACCAUUCCUUGUCAGUGCCAGAAACGGGGGAAAGCCCCGGUUCCUCACAAGGGACAGAGCUACAAUCCAGUAAGGAAGCAAAAGAGCAAUCUUUGGAGAGUAGCUGUGAAGGAGGGGCUCUUCCAGGCGUGAAUCCAGCUGCAGCAGAGAAGGCCCCGGAUCAGGGAGGGUGCAAUGGUCAGGUCCUAGCUGGUAGCUCAGCUUCAGUAGCUUUGCAAAACCAAGCUUUUGUGCCACAUCAAAUUACAGUGGUGCCUGUUGGCAUUGAGUCUGGCACCAACAAUUUGUCUCUUUCCACACCAGUUACUUGUGAGCUGAACAGUAACGGGCCGCAGCAGAGGCCGGUCAGUCUCUUGCCUGCUCUUGUAACUCCGCAGACUGGUUCGCAUUUGAUUCCCAACAGCAUACUGCCUUUCACGUGGGUUGUAACGCCACAGGCUUUGCUCCCCACCGCUGUACAAACUGUGGUGGGUGUUCCCCAAGGACUGCCAGCUGCUGCUGUGAGAAACCAGUGUCAGACAGCUGUGACUUCCGGUGGCAAUGUCUCUGGCUUAGGAGUGCCUCCUGUACCAGCUGGAGCAAAUACGCCUCGCCCCAGCGGUGCAGAGGCAAAAGCACCAAGCGCCCAGUUAGCAGAAGGGGUACCUUUGGGAAAGGCAGCUAACCAUUCCAUGCUUCUGCCUGUGACCUCAGCGAGUCCCGGAUGCACCACCUCCAGCCUGUCUUCUGCAACGCCUGCGUGCUCAGACGGUUUCUCCAAGGCUUCUGACUCCUCUGCGGCUCAGACCGCUCUCCCAGCUGGUGCACCAGCCCUGCGUGCUGUGCUGCUGCCUCAAACGCAGCUACCUGCAAGCACUCAAGGGUCUGAUGCCCAGUGUGUGUCGAGUCUUGCUGGCUUGGAAAAGAGCCAUGGCUCCAUGACAACAAACGGAUCAUCUUCCAGUCCGGGCAUCGUCACGAAAGAGAUUGCUCUCCAGCCAAGAGGUCCAGUUCCUCAUAACGAUGUCCCAAGGAACUCUGACUGCUUCGUAGCUCAGUCAUUGAAAAAUAGACCUAUUGCCUCCAAACCACCGACUGUGCAGCCCGCUGACAGUCCACCCCAGCCAACCACUUCCAGCGCAGAAAAGAAUCUCCUUGACUUUAGCCUGAUUUCCCUUGAAGAUGAGGGGGUAGUGAAGGAGUGGCUUAGUGGGAAACAAGGUGUCCAGGUACCAUCACUGCAGACCAGGUUGCCUUAUCUGCCACCUUUUCUGUGCAACUUAAAAACCCUCUCAGAGCUACUUCUGCAGAAAGCAGCUCUAGAAGAGCAAGCGGCAUGCCUUCUGCCUUCCGAUGCCAAUCAGGAUGAGGGCACUGGGGUCGAUUUGCACGCUAUCACAGAACUGGUGCAGCAGAAACUCGGCGAUAACCCUGCUUUCCUCCUACUGAAAGCCAGGUUCCUAGCAGCCUUUACUCUCCCAGCUGUACUAGCAACUCUGCCUCCUCCAAAAGUGACAACUACUCUGUCAGCCAGCAGGAAGCAAUAUGAAGAGAGUGAUGAAGAGGAGUGGCAGAGUGAGAAGGAAGUGUCUGAGGAAGAGAGCUGUGGGGAUGAAUUAGCAGGUGUACGGCUGGAUGGGACGGGUGGUGACGAGCCUGGAGACAAAGACCCUGAUUUACUAAAUCAGGGCAUCGGAGCCGAAGAGAGUGCUGCGCAGUCUGUCUUGGCCUCCUGCACUGAUGUGGCUGAUGCCAGUGCUCCUCAGAUCAGGAGAAGUGCCCGCUUCAGGAAAAGGAGGAGGAUGUAA